CAUACACACACACACACACACACACACACACACACACACACACACACACUUUCUUUUGACUACGGUGUGCCAAAACCUCUUUACGAAACACCAUGUGAGACGACAGACUGGCCGGACAAGCCUUGAUGCAUAUUCAUCGUUCUUUGAAAGACGUGUUCCCAGAGAGUAUGAUGUCAUCACCACAUUGUCCAAUCACAGAACUAAGAAACUCUAAUACUACAAACAUUGAAGUUUGCAGUCCCAUUGAUAUUGUCUCUCUCCUACAAAAAUGUGAUGCUGAGAUUUUUGAUGGAUGGGAUGACUAUCCAGGAAUUUUUAGUGAACGAAUACAAAACACUCUGAACAGAAUUGUUAGUGUGGCAGCCACCAUUUUGGAGAAUCCAGAAGAGGGCGCCAUUGUUUUUAGUGGCUGUGGUACAUCUGGAAGACUUGCAUUCAUUACUACGAAAACAUUUAAUGGAAGACUGAAGAAAGAAGGAAAGACACCAUGUUAUCAGUACAUAAUCGCAGGUGGUGACAAAGCCUUGUUUACGUCUCAAGAAGCGAUAGAAGAUGACCCAGUGGAAGGUGAGAAGAUCCUGGAGCAGACCACCGCGGGGAAGUCGCGAGUUCUCUACAUCGGCAUCACGUGUGGACUGUCCGCACCUUUUGUCGCUGGUCAGCUUGACCACUGCAUGAAAAACACGGCCAAGUUCACUCCAGUACUGCUCGGAUUUAACUCAGUUGAUCAAGCAAGAAAUCUCCCAAUUGAAAAAUGGGAUCAAACGUUUCUUCAGGUUGUUAAAAAACUGGAACACACAGAAAAGGAAGGAAAAGGAUUUAUCCUUAAUCCCAUUAUUGGUCCAGAACCAAUCACAGGUUCAAGUCGUAUGAAGUCGGGUUCAGCCACCAAGAUCUUGCUAGAGAGUAUUUUCGUGACAGCACAUACCAAGGUGUUCUGCGGACAGUUUGUCAGAAUACCCGACUUCAUCAAGUCUUACAAGAUGGUGUGUGACAGUACAUACAAAGAAAAAGUUGACAUUGCUGCUUUAAUUGAAAUGGCAGGCAGAAGUCUAAAUGCAGGCUGUUGCAUCUACUACCUUGGGCUUGAUAACCUGGCCAUCAUGGGGAUGAUUGACGCCUCAGAGUGCCCACCCACAUUUGGAGCUACUCUUGAUGACGUACGGGGAUUUAUAAGAGAGGGAUACGCUGAGUUUCCAAUCAAUGAGGGGAACAUCUCUCACUUGGGCAAACAUUUCAGAAUUUCAAAAAGUGACUUUGAUAAAGACAUCUUACCAACUCUCUCCAAAGAUGAUUUGAUUGUUGUGCUGACAUCAGAUACAGAUAUUGUGGUAGAUCACACAACGAAGGAGACAAAAUGUCAGAAGGCAUUGGUGUUUAUUGGUGAUGAGACAGAAAAGAUGCCAACUGAAGUUCAAAGUCUUUUUGACAAGACUGUCAAUGUUACACUUCCUAUGUCAGAGAUGUCUCGAACCUUACCAGAGCAGGUAACCAGGGGCAACAAACAGCUGUAUGCUGAAAUGUCUGUCAAAUGGAUUCUUAACUCCAUCUCAACUGGAGCACACAUCCUUAAGGGCAAGAUCUAUCAGAACAUCAUGGUGGACGUCAAAGUCAGCAACAACAAAUUGUUCCACAGAGCUGUUGGAAUUAUUCAGAGAUAUUCUGAUCUAAGCACAGCAGAGUGCAAAGAGUAUUUGUUGAGAUCAAUCUACCACACAGACAAUCUCAAAGAUGACCAGGUCGCAGCCCCGAUUGCUGAACACAUUGCCAUGGCAACACCACAACAGAAAAUUGUUCCAGUAGCACUUGUAGCUGCCAUAUUGAAAUGUCCAGUGGAUAAAGCAAAAUCUGUUCUGGAGGAACAUCAUGUCAUAACAACAGCUAUUUCAUCAACUCUAGAGAAAGUGAGCAGCGAUGCUCUCUAAAACAUCAUGUCAUAACAGCAGCUAUUUCAUCAACUCUAGAGAAAGUGAGCAGCAAUGCUCUCUAAAACAUCAUGUCAUAACAACAGCUAUUUCAUCAACUCUAGAGAAAGUGAGCAGCAAUGCUCUCUAAAACAACUCACAAAAUACCUCAAAAAAAGAAAACACUUUCUGAAAAGUCUCAGAUAAAAUUAAUGUACAGGGGCAUAUUUCACUAAACAUCAUAAGUUUACGUCUGCUACUAGCAGUCAUACUGGUUGUGCGUUUACACGUGUUUGGUGUCUAUUUCACAAAAUUGCAUCAUUACAGAAGUUGGAGCAUUUUAAAGACAAAAGAAAAUGAAAUUAGUGUAUUUCUAACUAUAUUUGUCAUACUAUAAUAGUAACAAGAAUUGUAUAUUAGUCGUAGAUUUACAUUUACGUGUAAAACUUGGCUUACAAUGUUUUGUGAAAUUGGGCCCAGAUCUACCAUGGCUCACCAGGAUCAUUUCUAAUGAGUUCAUUUUGUAAUAAAUUAGAACAUUUUA